UUCUCGGAAAUAAUCUACUUUAUGAAAAUCAGAAUGUAAAUCUUGAAUGUAGAUCAUUGUGUACGAUCUCAGGGGCCCUCAUUCAAAACCAUCAUGGCGACUGCACGUAGCCCCACAUCCUCCAAAGGAACAACGCCAGUUUCUCCUUUGUCGCCACGUCAUGGAAACUCUAAGACAAGUUAGUUUACGAUCCUAAUUAUCGACCUUCAGAUGUUUAAAUUGUUAAUUUUGCGCUGCUGUAUAGAGAUGCUGACUCAUUUAUUUUAUUGAACAGUUUCUUGGGAUGCUGAAGUGGACAGUGAUGCACUCUUUUCCAAUCAUACAGUUGAAGAGAUUCGAGCAGUUGAACAUAAAACAAGGUCAGUCCUCGAAAACAUCAUGGAAAACACUACAAGUACUUGUCAGAAGCAUGUUAUAUGCUUCUGUACUAGUUGAACUAAUUUGUUCAAUUUGUAAGUGUUUUCUAAAUCUAUUAGAGUCUCUGUACAAUGCUCCAAUUCUUGCAAUAAUCAAAAUCUUGAUGAUAAUAACGAUAAUAAUAAUUCAUUUUUCUUAAAAAGAAAAGAACGAUUAUUAUAAUGAUAGUAUCAGUGAUAAUCAGUUUGAAAAUGAUGACUAUAGUUAUUGUUAUCUUUAUAUGGAUUAACCGUUAUUUUUAUUAAUCAAUUAUUAAUUCAAUGAUGCUAGGUAUCAAAGAAUACUUGUGAACAUUUUUAUUGUGCUUGUACUUGUACUAGAAAGCCAAUUGAAAAUAACACAACUGUGUUAUUAGUAGAAUGAUAAAUCUUUUCUUUAAUGGUUAUAAAUGAAAUACUCUCAGUUAUGUUUGCUUUACAGCUCACCAAAUAUCUCUAACAUUCAAAUCAUAUGUUUGAGUAUGAAAUAAGAUAUCUAUUUUUUUUUUCAGGGGUGACAUUGAACAAAAGAAGGAAGAUCUGCGUCUCAUGGUUGGGUAAGUUACAAUAGGAAGUAAUAGAACUACAAUAGGAUGUAAAAAAAACUGAAGAACUUAACUCUUUAACUACUAACAUUCUCUCCUCCAGCUUAAUUACACAAUUCCUUGUAAAUAACUUAGGAGAAUUUGGUGUUAGAUCAAGAUAACAGCUUCUACCAGAUAAGUUUGGGUAUUCUUAUUUGUUAUUUGUUGGAUAAUGUAUAGAUAUAAUAGGGAGAGGUUCCAUGUCAAAUGCCUCUGGAAGUAAAGGGAUAAACUCAAGCGAAAGCUAAAUUAACAUUUACAAAAUUCUAUGUUAUUCAGUCAAUAGAAAAUGGGGUUUCUGGCGUAUUUUGAAGUCAAAGAACAGUUUUUACCCAUUUUGAAAUCAAGGUUGAUCUCAAAAGGCAACUUAAAUUUUUUACAGGUGAAAAAUAUUCACACCCUUUUCACAAUGUCUCACUUGUGAGUUCUGAAGAGAGUGUGAAUAUCAUCAUCUUGAACAAAUUCCUUUUGUCACACCAUCAUUGUAACAUUGUGUACAGCCUAGCCCAUCAACAAAUUCACUAGUAGCACCUCAGGUGCUCUCUAAAUCAUUGGGAAUAUAAUCUUUUUUAUGAAAAGCUCAUCAAAGCCCUCUUUUUUCAUUUUUUAGUGAAAGAUAUCGUGAUCUCAUUGAUGCUGCUGAUACAGUCACUGAUAUGAAGACAUGUGCUGGCCAGGUGAGCACUGUUUGUGGUGAUUUUGAGGGGGAAUUUGAAUAAGCCAAACUUCAAAAGUUGAUAUGCCGGGUGGUGGGUGGGGGGGAUGUUGAAGCUUCAGAUUGAUGGAUGCAUAACACUUAAAGAAAUACAGUGAAUUGCUGAAUUUUGGGUAGUGUGGUUCUGUGAUGAGGGAAUUGAACUUACAUUGAAGAAAAAGUCAACAGGAUGCCCCUUAACAGUCAGGAUACUUGAAAUUCACUUGUCUGGGACUUAAGAAAAUGGUCCCAAGGUAAACAAUAAUCUGUAAUCCUGAUGGCAAAUACUCUAGAGUACCAGAUGAUCCUUCUUAUGGUGACAUUUUAAACAUAUUUUUGAUUUUUCAUAUUGUUGUUUGUUCAUGAGAAAUUAUUCUAAGUUCUCUUUAGUUGGUUUGUAGUAUGUCUCACCCAAGCUUACCUACACAUUGCUUUUCAUUUUUAAUUACACCAAAUCUACAUUGUUUUAUUUUUUGUUCACCAUUUUGCCUGCACCAGCCAUCUAUAAUGUUCACAUCAGGGAUGUAACCUCUGUUCUCUUCGUAGAUCAUGAACUUUGUUCAGGAUAUUCAAAAACAAUGCAAGGACCUUCAUGUAUCUCACAAAUGCUAUGGGGUGGGCGGUUCCCAGGCCUCUAGUACCACUGACAGAAUGUAAGUGUUUACAGUACAGUCAAACAGGCUUUCUAUUGACAAACAUCUCAUGAUCCAAGAAUAAAUAGUAACAUAUGAUCCAAAGCCUGAGCAACUCUGUAAGUAAAUGGUUUAGUAAAAAAUUUUUUCAUGUUUUAUCAUAUCCAUUCAUCAUUACUACUUAGACUUAAACAAGAAGUCCUUUGCAAACAGCAGUGAAAAACAAAUUGUCAUUGACUCUUUCCAAACUUAAAUCUUAACUUCAUUGUGAAAUUUUAGUUAGUUUAUUGUUGACUAUUGUAAUGCAAUUGUUAUAGUGUUACAUAUAUUAGUAGAACAUUCAAAUGGACCUAAGGCUGGCACCCAAGGGAUAUUGAUACCUACUUAUAUUCAUAUUUGAGUUGCUAGAUUAUUGUUGAAGUGUUGGUAUGUUGUACAAUGUGGAUUUGGAAGUAAAGCUUGUACACUGUUACCAUUUGGUUUCACUUGUUAUUACAAUAAUGAAAACUCAGCAUGCGUCAUCACUAUCCUGCCAGUGUGAACAUACACGUAUCUUUGAUACAACACUUAAAAUGGCUCAGUGAUGGUUGUAGUAACCGAAGUUCUUUUUAAGAAUAAUUUUGUAACUAAAAAUUUGAAGAAACUUGUUCAAACAACUUUGAGUAACUUGAAUUUAAGGGCCAGGAUUUAACGUUGGUUAUUGGUGACUUUAUAUGUACAUGUAAAUACAAUUCCUUGCAAGUGGGUUCUAUAGAAAAACUUGUCAAUAUAUACUCCUGAACCAUUAGACAUUUUCUGAUGAUUAUCUAUGAAACAAAAUAUACAGAAUUUUAGCAGUCCUGACAGUACACUGCACAGCUCCAGCGUGCUACUUUACUGGUUGAGAACAAUAAGAUUGCAAUCAUUUUCACAGCUAUAUUUGCUGUAUAAUGUACAUCUACAUCAUUUGUACUUUGAAAAGCACAUCACUGUACAACAAUGAAUGCUUGCCUGUUCAGAGAUGGUGCACAGAAAAGUUCUGUGACAAACAGAGGGCAUGGACUUGUAGUAAGUCCUUGUGGGGUUGUUGUCAUUACAGCUUAGAGAAGUAUAGGGUAUAUACUAUGUAUUAUAAGUAUGAAUAUUUAUGUAAAUGAAUUAGGUAAGUUAUAGAGAUGAAGAGCACAUGUAUAUAAUGCAUGUACUGAAUACAACAUGCUUUCAGGAAACUUACCAGUAUCUGAUUUCAAUUGCAUUUCUCUUUUUCCAGUCCUUCACAAUCUAAAAGUGGUUUCUAUGGAAUUGCUUCUCAAAUGAAGCUUUUGGUGGACACUCCAGAGAAGGUCCUGCUUGGUUUGAAGUUUUUUUUUAAUGGUGUCAUUAUGAAAUAAAAUAACUUUCAAGCAAUACAUGAAUUUCAUUUCAUUCAAAUUCAUUCAUCUCAGGCCAAUCUGUGCAUGUAGUUGCUCUGUUUACUUACAUCAGUCUCUAAGCCUAAUUUGCUGUUGUCUUAAAACUUUCCAAACAGGUUUGGAGUGCAUUGGAAAGAAAACAGUACCUAAAAGCAGCUCAGUUGUAUCUUUUCUCUCGUCACAUUGUAAGCCUGCUACACAUUGAUACUGGAGACACAUCUGCACCUAAAUUAUUGGUGGGUAUUUUUUUCCCAUUGUUACGGUGCCACUGUACAUUUCUUGUACACACAAUGAAAGGGAACAUUCCUACACAAUGAUGGAUAUAAUAAUUCCCCUCAACAAUACUCUGAUUGAUACAUUUUGCUCAAAAUGUUGUACUUUUAACACCCAAGAUGUACUAUGUAAACAUUCCACUCUGCACACUACACUGUCUGCCACAUAUUUCCUAUAAUUUUUGGUAUGACAUUAAAUGUUAUCUCUUAGUUGAAAAAUUCUUCAUGUUAUUGCCUUUUUGAUUGGAAAAUGCUUGGGGAGUAGGGAUAGAGUGGUGGCCCUGAUCCCCAUACCUGGUGUCAUGUGUAGGUUUAGUUUGUUGUUCGUCCUUGUCCUUGCUUCCAGUCUACUAUGCAUUGAUAAGGGUUGUGAAAAAUUCCUUCCUGGUCACUCCUGGAGGUGGAAGAGUUUGCUUAAGUUCAAAAACUUUAUCUACUAAUCAGAAAAAGGGGUUUAAUUUGGUUUUUGUUUUUCAAUGUAUCCUCCUUAGUCUUCAUUCCCAAUCUUGCCAAAACAAUGGGCAGCAAUCAGUCACUUCAAGGACUCCAUACUUCAGGUAUCAUCAAGAGUUUCUUUUUUUAUUUUUCUUCAAAAUUAUUUUUUUUAGUUUUUUUUUUUUAAAUCAUAGUGAGUGCAUGUUGAAGUAAAACAUAAAUUUUAGGUCAUAAUUUCAAACUAGUUUCAAUUGUUUUGUGCUUUGUUCAAGGAACAACAACACCAUAUUCCUUAAACAAAGAAAAUGUAACCUCAAACAGGUUAAACCUGAACAUGUAUUUGGUGAAAUGAGUUGAAAAAGAAAGUUUUUCCUACCAAUGAAAUUGUUGUAAGCAUUUGUUCUCUGAGUAUUUAUUUUAACAUUGACCCAUUUUAAUUAAAGGGAAGCCAUGGUCUGUUAAAGGAUGCUGCUCAAACUGAAGAGGUGAGACGUCGUUUAUGGAUCAUUUUUGGACCAAUUAUCAUACCCACUCCAUUAUUUACAAUUCAUAUAUUGCUGUCCCUCAGAUGCUUGCAGAGUCAUUGUGUGCAAUCCUUCUGUUAGAGGAGAGCUCACCUCGCCAAGUCCUGAGUGAGUUUAUCUUGGCAAGGAAAGCAACAUUACAGGAAAUCUUUCAUCCAUAUCAACAUGGUAAAUACCGUUUUUCUGUAAUACAGUCACACCUCAUUUGGCUGACAUUCUUAUUAGUGGUUAGCUCCCCUUGCAGCCAUAGUGACAAAAUCCCGUUCAGCUCGUUAUCUGCAAAGUGCAUGUACAUGUAUGUACUCAGUUUCCUAGUUGUGAGCACUGUAUUCCUAUUGGGCAGAAAAGUCACUCCUCAGAUUUGUGCAUAUACCAGGAUUAUAUAAAAUGUGCAAUGAACUAAAUUAUGUGUCUUUUGAUUGGUUUUUAUCCAUGAUCUAUUGGAGGACGGACAUAUUGAUGAUGUCACUAUCAACAACAUUUUCCUUUUUUUGUUUUAUAAAACUAAAAGGUUUCAUUCUGCCAUGGGUCUUUUUAGUAAUGGAUCACAGAAGACAACCAAAUGUGAUAAGAAUGUCUGUAGCACACUCACUGUGUGUGCUACUUUUUUGUUCUUACUGCAGUACUGCGUAUUUCAACAUCUUUUAUGAUCUCAUAUUGAACAGACACAUGGCAAAAUUGAAUUUAUUAGUUGAGUGCAUUACAAAUUUUAUCAUCCUAGAUGCCUUAUAACAUAAAUCAUAUCAUAAUGAGCCUGUUCCAGGCUCUCAGAGCAGACAGAGGUGGUUGACUGUGUAAGAGACACAAGGAUACCAAAAAGUUCUUCAGGAACUUCUCUUGAUUUCACCUUGUAACAACAGUCUCUUUCUUCUCAGCCACCAGUAUCAAGUCCCAAGUUUGUGAAGUUGUUCAGGUGAUUCAAAGAAGUCUUUAUCAAAUACACACCCUGUUCUGCUGUGAUGAUGAAGAUGAACAAAUGGAAUUAAAAGGUCAGUUAUUUCAAACAAUUGGCUUUACACAUCAUGGUCACAAAAUAAUGUUUGAUGUGAGAGACAAUUUGUGUGAAUUUUUGUUCAGUGCCUUGAAAGUAGAUAGUUAAAAAUGUUGAUUUGUAAAUGAUUGACUCAGAACAAAUCAUACAUUUUUUUUCCAGAUAAUCCAGCACUUGUUUUCAAAACCCUUGCAAAUGUAAUGAAAAGGGACUCUUCUCCAAACAGUGAUGAGGAAGGUUAGUUGAUGAGGAACUGUUAUGUUAUUUAAGGGAAACAGGGCAAAUUGCUCUUUAUACCAGUCAUUGUACCUUCUGUUUCAUGUUUUAUUGUUUUUAAAGCUUUGGAGGCACUAUUUGGUCCAGACUUUGACCUAGUAACCAGUGCAAGAUUCCUUCCUAAGAGUGUUUUAGGUAUGUUUAAUAAUAUCUACAGAAAAUCUAAUGACCUGGAUAGCAACUAUUAACAAGUAGGUAUUUGAUGCCCACUCAAUCUCCAGCCAUAUUGGAAGUCUAUCCAGCUUAUGUGUGUUGUGUAGACCAUACUUUGGAGCUAAUUUAUAUUCACAAUGAUUCCGAAUGCAGAAAUGUAUUUAUUUGUUAUUUCUUUAACACUUCCAGAUGUAUUAUGCAUGCAGCAAAGAAAUUUAAACCCUUUUUUAUUCAUUUAACCAAUAAAGCACACAUUUUGAAUUUUUGCUUUGGUUAAUUUUUUUAUUUUCUUUUCCUAUCUUGUUUAAUGAUUCUAUACAAAUAACAGAAGACAUGCAACUGAAGUUUGUUUUUUUUUUAAAUAUAACACUCUAUUGAAGAGAACAUACUGAAUAUGGAUACAUCGUUACAGGUCAUGAAUUGCAAAAUCAAGACCAUGCUGGGAGCCUAGUAUCAGUAACGGUAACCCACCUUCCCCCUCCCCCCCCAACCCCACCCUCUACUGCAUUUUCUGGCAUCUCCUGUAUGCUGUGAAUUUGAGUACAUUGCCCAGCUGUAAACUGGCUUCACUUUUUUUCUUCAUCUGUAGGAUACAGACCACAUGUGAGAGUGUUUCCAUCCUUAAUAUCCAAAAAGAAUAUUCAACAAAACUGUGCCGAGUGGAUUUCAAUGUGAGUUUAUUCCAUUUCUAAUACACUUGUACAACUGAAUUAUGCAAAAGGUAAAGAUACACUCAAAUAUUAUACUUGUAACUAACAAAUUCUAAAACCCUAAAAGGCAAUGACUGAACUCAGAUUCGCAAAAAAAUACUGCAAAAGACUGAUACAAACCAAAAUCGAGGCAAGUGACUUUUUAGUGAACAUCCAUAAGCAUAUUUAAGAGUGCACACCGCAUCAUUCAACUAAUUUAUUCCUGUUUUCCUCCCUACCAUGUUCCCACCAAUAGCGUAGCUCCAUUUUCUGCCGAUGUAAACACACACACAACCCACAAUUUCUCAAUUCGUUCUAAAGAAGAGCUAACGCUUGAAACGUCAGCUUUAGAAACUCCAGUUUAUAUCAAUCAAUUUACAUUAUCAAAUCAGUCGAUAAAACGAAAUUAUCUUGCAAUACUUUCCAACGACACAGCACCGUAGUUUCUUCAGAAACUUACCCUCCUUUAUUCAUAAUUCAUGAUUGGUUUUUUAGUCUUGCAUCUGAUUGUAUCUGAUCUUCAACCGUUUCGUUUACAUUAUCAAUUCAGUUGAUAUAACCAAAUCAUCCACUCACGACUUAGUUGGUUGUUUUCCCGCGCUUUCGGACAUCUGGUUUUUCUUUGCGCUCUCAUAGGUUCCUUGUGAUAUUUUGCUUUCUUCUGAUUGGCCGUUAAUAUUGCUUUGGUUUUGGUUUUACGACACUCAAUAGAAAAGUGCUCUGAGUAUUUUUAAAAAGGAAUUUGUUGACACAACUCUUCAAAGAAAAAACUUGUGCCUUUUUACACCCCAUAACGACCCCGUCUCUCCUAGUGGUAGUUCUAGGGAGAUUCGAUAGUACCUGUUUUCCAGCUGUUAAUGUUCUUCUUUCAUACAAAAUGUAUUCUAAUAGGCAAGUGAUCUAAUUCGCAGGUGUGUUCUUGGUUUCUUGUUUGCAUGAACUAACCGGCAACUUCUUCAUGUUAGGUGUAUCAAGGAUGUAACAGCUGCAGUAAGUAAUCUGCUGAAAUACGUGGGCAGUCUCAAAGGCUUGGCCUCUAUACGAGAUGCAGUGUGGGACCUGCUCAAUCAGGUACUGUGGAUAUUCGGAUCAUUAUAGCAGUUAAGUGAAUAAUACAAAACCAGAGUUGUACAUGUAGUUGUGGCGACCAGAAACUUUCACAUUUUAUGGGAGACUGCUCUUUCUCAAAUUGAGUUGUGAUGCCGUUCAUACUUGAUCCACCUCUGUGUAAAAGAAAAUUACACGAAUGAGGGUGGAGGUAAUUUGUGCCUCAUUUUAGCUUCUCCGUUAGUCUGCAGUUUCAGGUUUUGGUGUCACUUCUAGUGAAAUUAUGGACUAUGUUGUCCUCGCGUUACCCGACGAUUAUUGAUCACUGUAAUCUCGCAUAGUUUGUUCGAUUCUCAAAUGAAUGGUUAAUGGCUGAAAAAAUUCUUUUCACUGGAAUCAUUGAGCGUACAUUACUAAAGUUUCAAUCACGAUUCGACGCUGUGUCAGUUUGAGGUGAAGUUAAGAGCGCCGCAUGGACGUAAACUAACUUGUAUAGAGAGAGGGAAUUCCAUAGUCCUCAUACAGAGUGAAAGAUAAGUUUGUAACUGGUUGUUGUACAAGCGUCCCAAUAGGUUUCUCUCUGUUGAAAUUCCUUUCCAGACCAGUGCUGCCUCAGGAGACUGCACCCUUGACUGGUCAGCUGUUUGUAACAGCAUAUUAGGACGUGAUUUAUCCAUAUGGAAUGAGUUUCUUCAAAGUCCUUUCCUCUCUAGAGCUCAGGUAUGAAGUACGUGUAUUGUCUUCCCAAUAGUAAUAAACGCCAAAAUGAAAAAGUUUUCUAGGGGACCUGUGCGCAUAUGAAUGUCAGAAAAAAUUAAAAGAGAAGAAAGAUUCGAGGAAAAAUUAAAUAAGUAGAAGUGAACUGGAAGGAACUAUUCCUUGAUCUCUCUCUCUCUCUUCACACGAACAUUUGUUUCCACAGAGACAGAUGUGAAGUUCUGAAGGAAGCUUUUUUUAGCGUCCCAUCUUCUGUUUUCCAAUGAAUAGACUAAAUUGGAUUUGAAAUAUUUUGCGUACCACUGGAAUAUACUGGCUACUCUCCUUAAUCUUUUCUAUUCGGUCUUGAUCUAAAUAUUUUCUGAAUGAUUUUCGUUACAUUGUAGGAUAUUUUGCGAAGUCUAUUCGAUGCCACGAUGUCAUCAUGUAAGAACAUGAUUACCAACACACUAGAUGAGAUCUCUGAUCAUAACACUAACACCGACCUCAAUGUACUCUGGGAAAGAGACAUAGCGAUGUAUGUUUGGCAGGAGUGUUCAAAUGAUGUCCCUAGAACAGUUUGGCGGGGAUCACAGACAAACAAUGCACCAAAUAACGAGCAAGAAAGCGGUCUUGCCCUGAAAGCACGAGUUUGCACUCCUGCUGUACAGAGGUAACAUACUGCGGGCUUUGUAUCACGCGAUUGUUGGCCAGGGUGACCGGACAAGUCAUUGUUUAAAUUAGUAACUUGAAAUUUUAUUAAACCGUUGUUGACAUGUUUAAAAUACUUAAACAAGGUAUACAAUUUUCGUAAUUUAGCAUCUUGAACAGACUUAAGCGGUAAUGGGACAAGCGCUUGACCAUCAACAUCUAGUCGCAGGAACGGUAUUUUGGAAUUGAAUAAUCGGUCUUCAAAAUAGGGAAAUGAACGGAAGUUCGAUUCAAUCGGGACAAAAUGAGCUGGUUCGGCAGUGUAUGGCUUGGUCCCUCUUUAGAUUAUCCAAAUAUUUACAGAAUAGAGGAUUUUCUCCGUCCAUUGUUCUUUUAUGUUAUGGUUACCACCGUAUGACGAGUAAUUCUUUUGCAGAUUAUGUAAAGCAGUUGACGAGAAGUUAGCUGCAAUUCUUGAAGACGCUCAACACUUCAUGUUUGAUGUGCAAAAAGUCUCAGGUCCAGACCUGACCAAGAGAACGCCAGUUAGGAAAGCGUUCGAGUUGUCUUUGCUUAACAAAAACAAGACAACAUCUGAGGAAACAGAACCAUUCGAUCGCUUUGGCACCGCAGGUGAAAUCCAAUCUUUCCUGCGAGAAACUUGCUUUUCUGCCUUUAGCCAGUAAGUAAGAUAUUAAUAAAAGGUUCUUAAGAAGACAGUUUGCUUCUGGAGCAUAUCAGUUUAGGUAAUAAGGGAACCAGGCAUGGGGGAAGCUCGAAAAAUUUACUUAUACUAUAUCUUUGGAGAAAAACAUACAGCAGCUGCUCUUGUGAGUGAAAACGUAGAAGCGGUUGGCGCGCGCGCGUCAAAGCGGAGUCCAAUACCUCCACUAACUACACCCAACUUUGUGUAUCACGAGUGCGCACAAUUGCACGCUUGCCCAUGACAGAGAAUGGAAGGUCUAAGUAAUUAGUAAUCUAACUGAAUGCCUUAAGUAAUUUAUUGAUAUCAGAGCUCCUUGGGAACAUUAAUUUUAUGUGAUUAUUAUAAUCUAUGAAAUGGAAACUGGUACAGGCAAGAGUCAUCACUUUUCUCAGUUAUGUACUGAAAUGAACAUGUCGAUGUCGUUUUUUUUUGUCAGUGUUUGUUUUGAAGCUUUUAUUAAUUAGAAAGAAAGUAAAAAGUCCAUUUUGUUUUGGUUAGUUGUUGUAGUUCGGUAUGGCGUACCUUAUUGUUCAUUUUUCUUUGAAUCCUUUUUUAUUUCAUACAUACUGAGAUUUGCACUGUGAAGUACUAUCGUUCUUGUCUCUGAUUGGACGAACGAUGUAUUUUCACAGUCGUUCGCGUCUGAUCUAUGUCAGUCAUUGAGAAAACAUCUCAGUAUGUAUAAAAACAUCUUACCAUGGAAAGUGCUUGAACGAUUUUUAUUCACUCGUUUCGAUGCAUCGAGAAACUCACUCGUUCGCUGCACUCACUUUUUUGUUUUUUGUUUUUUAUUAUUCAUCGCAACUCGUGAAUAAAAAUCGUUCGUGUGCACUUUCCAUCGGAUAAUCUCAAAAUCACUUCACUGAUAAUAGCAUAGUCCGAAUCAACAAGAAACUAUCAGUUAUGUGAAUAAUUCUGCGAAGGUAUUCGAGGGAUGUUCUUGCUUCUCUUCAAUAGUAUAACACUCUCGUGCGUCUUGAGUGCCUAGAUUUUUAUUUGUUCUUUUUAUUCUUUAGGUUAUUGCAAUAUAUUGACGACAUCGUAACCAAUCUUACAAGCAAAUUGAAAUUAGAACCAGAGGGAGUAUUUACGACGAGAUCCCAAUCAUUGUUCGACACAGUGUGUAUUGACAGGUAAUAAUACGUUGCUGUUCACUACCUGUGGUGCUGCAUCGGUGGGGGGUGGGGAGGGAGGGGGGUUGGGGAGGGAGGUAUAACGAGAUAAUUUGGUUUUAUUAACUGAGUUCAUAAUGUAAAUUGGCCACCAUGAAGAGUUUCUAAAACUGACGUCUCGCUCUGACGAAGGGCCAACGCUCGAAACAUCAGCUUUUGACAUAAUCACCAUAGUUGAUAAAAAUUAAUUAUAUUUUUAACUUGAUUAUUUUAGUGCGCCUUUCAAAAACAGGCGCAUUCUGAAGCUGUGACUUAAAUUUGAACGUGUGAUUUUGUUUUCUGUUGUCAAUCAUCUGAACCCAGAAUAAAAGACAAAGUGGGUUGAAAUCGCGAUUUAGGAACAUCAUCUUUUGAACCCAGAGGUCUGGAGUGAAACGCGUUUCCGUAAUGCAUCUACUUAUCAAAGGCUCAUACGUUAUCGAGAAGUACAUUUGGUAUAAUUUCUAGCCUUGUGUUAAUUUUUGUUGUAGAUACCUAAAAAUAAAAGUAAAAGUCGACUGAAAGAACUCUAUAAGAUCUCGAUAUCUCGAUUUUGCUUGAAAGCUUCCAAAGCAUACCGAGCGAUUCACAACAGAAUACCCGCCAGAGCUGCGACGGGUGCUGGAUCUUAUUGAUAGCACCGACAUGAUGUAGUGAUGUUUUUCUCUGUGUUUUGUUUCUGUUUGUGUUUUGAUUUUUGUGUGUGUGUGUGUCACCAAGGUAAAUAUUCUCUCAGUUGAAAUCAGGUUUUUUGUCUGCAGAGUUCUAUUCCUUGGUCGACUGUGUCACUCUUUUACCGAACAGUGCAGUAAUAUCAAGCUGGUCAUGGAGGGACAAGCAACAGAGACAAAAGGUCGAGCAACGCCAAGGUUAGUGUUGAUUUACCUGGUUAUUAAUUCGGUUCUUCCAGAGUUAUCAGGCUUAAAUCUUUACGUUUGGGUAGCAACUGCUCCCAGGUUGCUAAGACAGACAAGUUGUGAAAAAGAAACGGAACAGAAGUUUUAUAUAAAACGCUGAAUUGUCAUACAAAAUGCACAGCUACUGUGUUUUAGCUUGUUUAUCCUCCAAAGCUCCCAGGCAUACAGACCCAGUCCUCCUCCCUCAACCACACUCCAGUCGAUUUGAACUUGUUAUAAACGUAGCUUUGAGAAAGUUGCCACUUUACGGAAACCUUCACUUUGGAAAUUACGACAAAGCCAGGAAAAUGAACAAUUCUUUCGAAAUUUCUAAUAUUUGUGUGUUGAGAUCAUUAGAUAGUAUCUGUUGGAAAAGAGCAUCGUUAUUUUGUACCAAAGUUCAAUUACUCCAUUAUUGCCGAGCUGUUGAGGUCUAGACUCCUCGAAAGAAGAGCGGGUUUUUGUAAAUGAUGUGAAAGCUGUAUCAUCGGGCUAUAUCAGUGCUAAUAAUGCUAUAUUCAAUGUUAAACCUGCAUUCAAAACUAAAGGAAUUACGUAUGAAUAAAGGGGUAUGAAUAAAGGGGGUGAAUCUCAAAUGAAACUAUCAAUGGUGUUGCGUCGAACAAGAAGUUACCAUGUUCGCACCAAUAGUGCAGUGCAUCUUUCUAUAUACAAACCACACACAACCCAAAAUUCCUUUAUUCGCUCUGACGAAGGGUUAACGAUCGAAACAUCACCUUUAGAAACUCUUUACGGCGGCCAUUUGCAUUUAGUUUAUCAACUCAGUUGAUAAAUCCAAAUUAUAAAGGAAUGACGUGUUUGCAUCUGUUUCAGAAGAUGUUAAGCUUCUCAUAAGUAUUUACAACUGAUAUAUAUUAUUUCAAGCUUUACCAUUUUAACGUAGUACUUUCCUUCUCGCCCUCCCUCCCCUCCAAACGAGUAGAUUAAAGAAGAAAUCUUAAAAAAGUACUUAUGACAUUAUUUCAACAGGAAGUCUUCCAGCUCAUCAAAGAAAAAGGUUAGUGUAAAUGUUGACAAUGGCUUUCGAGACGACUGGCCGUCUACGACUUGACCGUGCAUCAUACAGACCGUACAUCAUACAGUUUACAUACAUGGCGAAGAAAAAGUGGUGAAAUGAAUAGAUCAUAACAUCUUACUUGAUAACUGUUUCGAUUCUUUAAAUUACUGUAAUGUAUUGUUUUGGAUGCCGUGGACAACCGCUAUAGUGUUGGUUACCCGGAAGGAAGAACAAUCCAAUAUUGGGGAGGGGCAAGGGAGUGGAUGUUUCAGCGACUUGUCACUAGCUACAGCAUUGUAUUCAUCGUGACUGCUAUAAGGCACAGCUACUAUAACAAAGGUUUCUGUUGUUCCGCUUUGAAUCCUUAAUCAGGAAGAACCAGGCCAAGGCGGUAAGAUGGUUGAAUUGGCCAGUUUUCUUAGACGGAGAUAUCUCACAACAUACAGGUAAAGAAAGUUGUUGAAUUCGCAAGUUUUGUUUCGAAACUGUAACUAUUUUGUCGCUGGAAACAAAGCAUACUUGUGGCAUUUGAUUUUAAAGAGUAAAUGACUACAUAGAAACUGAAAAGUUUGUCCAUAUAAUUAUAAUAACGAUGAUCGCUCUUAAAAACGUCACCUUAAUUGGAAGAUUUGAGGUACAUGUUUUUGACAAGGACUUUUUGCCUCUUUUUUUUUUACGUACAAAAAUAAAAAGCUCACUAGACGUAUUUUAUAGUUUGAAAUGCAUCUUGCCAAUGUCCAUCUUUGUGUUAAGUGAUAAAUCGAGCCAUAGAAAACUCCUGUCUUGGUACCAGCUAGAGAUUUUCAUAAAACAACUCUCAUUACUAAAUUGUUAUUUACUGAUUCCAUCUUAAUAUCAGUAUGCAUAUUCUCCGUACUGUUCUCUACACAUUUCCUGAGGCGCUGACGAGGAAAAUUCGUUUAACAAGAGCUUCUUUAGCUGGAGAUCAUUUCCUCUAAUCUCGUGACCUUAAAGUAUGAUUCAGAUGUGAUAUUGUAUGGAGAAAGUAAGUGCUGGUCAGCCUCAGAGUUCAAAUGGUUAACAAAGUGUCCGUUUAUUUGUUCUUCAGGUUGUGGAAAGAUUGGAUAUCAGUACUCUUUUUGUCUUCUUUGGAAGCGACGUUGAUUCAAGGCGACAAAAGCUCAUUUUUGUUGACCAUAACUGUAAGUUACUCGUUGUAAUGGCAAGCUGAGCCAUUUGAUUGUAAACAAUUUCAGUAUUUCCAACUUGUCUUGAAAAUUUUGUGGUGCCUUUGCAAGACACGUUACUUGAGUGGCGAUCUAGAGUUUUCUCGCAGUUUAUUUGGUCUAAAGAAGGGGUAGGAUUGGUUGCCGGGAGUUAAAUUCUCGAGCGUGGUGUUCCUGACUGAAAAUUAUUAGAAGCGUUUACAUUCGGCCGCGUCAGUGAAGCACAGCUUCAUUUUGCCUCGUUUCUCUGAAAUCGCAACGUUUAGCAACAACUGAAACAAAAAUAUUAGUCCUCGCAAAAUGAAUGGAUAAGAAUCACUUGACAGGGUUUUCAAGUCAGGCUCUUUUUUCAUUUUUUCACGAACAUAUUACGUACGACACAGCCGAAAAUAUCGGGACGCCUUUGACUCGGAUUUGUGAAUUCAGAAUUUCAACUUGAUGAUCAGCGAGCACACCAUGUUCCCCUGUGAGUCGUUUAGUUACCGUUAGUAGUACUAUAAUGUGAUAAUUGUAUAAAGCGGAUAAUGAUUCUAUAUUUCGAAUUUUGCAAUGGAGUCGUUCUUUCCAUAGAACUGGGAAUCAAUCAAAAUUGAAGAGGAAACGGAAGAAGGGAGGAAGAUAGAGUCCAUUAUAAAAGUUCCUUCCCAGGUAUUUGUUGUUGAUCGAAGGUUCUUAACGUUGUAAGAUUUCUUUAGUUUUAAUGGGUGGUGUACCUUUACCCGUAGGUGUCUUCUUAUGUUAUGUCUUUGCUGUUCAGUCUAUGCCAAGAGCUCAACAGAACUGGUGCGCACACCGUACAAAGGUAACGUGGUGGCAAUUGUACAUACUCAUUUGCUAAAGCCGGAUGUUCUUUUCCUUGUAUUUCCAUUAAAGAAAAAAACGUUCGUAUUCAAAACCAAACUUCAGAGCUAUUGCCGUAGCUCAGUGACAAACUGGCACCCGAGGGUCCAUAAAGUGAUUCUUUUAAUAGAUUGGUAUGCUCCAGAAACCAUACAGUUUUCAUCUCCACUAUUUAAAAGUAAAUUUGAAAUUAUCGCAUUGUUCUUAUUUUUAAACGCAAAGUGCAACAAAACCUUAGAAGAUGUGCGUGAUAUUCGACUGUGGACACCACCAUCUCGAAUCUUGCUUAUCAACCUCGCCGCUUACCUGUGACUUAGCAGGGUUAUCUAAAUCGAAGCAUGGUGGUUUUUUUGCUUGUUUGUUUGUUUGUUUGUUUUGUUUUGUUUCUGUUUUUGCGGGAGCAAUUGUUUGCGACCACCUCAGCCACGCUGUAAUUUUAUCGCGUAUAAAGAAAUGCCUUUACUGUUGUUAUUAUUAUUGUAAUUUUUUUUCUCAAUGAGUUGGAUCUGAUAGGGACAGAACAGUUGAACGCUAUCCCAGGAAAUACUACACACCAGAAAUAUUUUACUGACUUUUUUUAAGGUUAAAGAAAUUAUUUUGCUGUCUUAAAGGAUUGACAAUAGAGCAACCAGUUUGAAAAAGCGCCCUACACGUUAGACAUUGUUCAAUGAAACUAUGGAAGUGAAUUUUUUUUCUUUUUUUUUUUUGGCGUUCUUUUAUGUAUAUUGUAUUGUGGGGUUUGUUUUUUGUUUUUCUUGGAGAAAGUUAUUUGUGUGGAUCAAAGGACAAUACGCACAAUUCGCUCAAAUUCAAAGCCGCAAAUUUUGAAGUCUCACAGUAGACUGUAUCCUUUCAGUUUUCUUGCUACCGUCGUCUCGGAUGAAAACGAGUUCUAGCUUGACGACAUAUGAUAUUUUACUUUAAUGAAUACCUGGAACGUUGUUGCCUUUCUAGGACAUUGCUCAAAGAGCUGGUGACUAGCCUGGCGCUUGGGGUUCUGUCAACACACGAGAAAUUAGUCGAGGAACACAAAUCGAGUUUAACUCAAAACCGCGCCCUACAGAUACUGUUUGACCUCAGAUUCAUAGCAACAAUCCUCAUGGGACGAGCCGAGGAUGAUGAUUCAGAGUUUUCAAAGCGGCUGGAACAUGUCAUAGACACUUUAGAAAGCUGCAUCGAUCCGUUUGAUCUAGAUGUGUUUUCUCCUCACAUGACAACAAAUGUCAACCGACAGCUUCAAAAAUGCGGGGUGAGUGCAAGGCGCAGAUAGAAUCUUCUCGUGGGGUGUCACAGUUACGAAUUUCUGCGCUCCUUACGUGAAUUGACGCAUUCAUGCCGCGAGAAGGACCGUUGAAUGAAGUGUCUAAUUCUGAAAAAGAUUGAUUCCUUGAUUAUCCUUCGGUUUCUUGGGUUUACGCAAACAUAGAUAAGUGUGAAGUAUUCAUACAGUGAAAUGUAACUUCAGAUACUUUCACAUGUAAAAGCUAAAAGGGGUAAUGAAACGGAUAGACGCAUGCUGAGAACCCUAACAUGGGACCUUCCAUGGGUAAAUGAUUUUUUUUUUGUCCGUCAGAUGAAGGGUCACUUCGCCGACACGUCAACUUGCCGACACCUUUAGUGACUUGAUGACAACACUGAUCAACUCAAUACAUUCACGGAAGGUAGCUAACCUGUUUGUUCAAAUGAUAUCAAUCAGGAUGUCGGCGUUUUGACCAAUGGUGUCGGCGAGUUGGUGAUCGGUGAGUUGACAUGUCGGCGAAGUGACUGGGUACCUUACGCUAAUGGCUUUAGUUUUGAUUGUGCUCCUAUGAAAGCACUCGAAGCAGAAUUUAGACAUUUAGACAGACAUUUUCUUGCCCACUCAAGUCAAAACUUCACUUGAUGUCGUAUUUCGUGAGACAAAAUUUUCCUUCAUGAAUGUUUUGUUUUUAGGUUUUAUUUGGCGUCUUAUCAAGUCUUGACAAGCACUUUUCUCAUUCCUUUGGAGUUACGCAACGUCCUUCCCCAGGCUCCCAAGACCAACACAACGUUAUGCCGUUGGCUCCCAAUCCACCUCGAUUUAACUUGUUGCCCCUCAGUUCCUAUUCAAGCGUGGGACCUGCGUACCAAACUGGAGAUCACAACGACAGCCACCAAAAGGUAUACCUGGAAAAAUUGCAUAUUUGUUUUUCACUUUGUUUGUUUUGUUUGAAACUCAACAAACUGAAAUAUUGAAACAGACCCAGCAGAACCACUGGGAGGGAAGAAAUAUCAAAGCUCCCUCUUGAUUACAUCCAAAGAAAGAUUCAAACUAGGAGCGGUGAAAGAGUACAGUGCCGUUAUAUAUUUCUAAAAAUGUGGCCUCCAGUCUUCAUCACAAUUUAUGCAUCCUUGAAUAUUCAGUCUUUGUGACGCAGUACACACACACACUAUACUUUAUUUCAUGCAAAUCAUUUUGCCAUCUCCACCCGCAAAUAGCAAAAGCUAGACGAGGCAGGCGGAGAGGAAAGGUUACAGCAGUCAUAACAGAUAAUAUAAUAAUUGUAAAGUAACUAAAUAAACUAUCUGGAUAAACAAGCUAAAGUUACAAAAUAUAUAGUCUUACAGAAUGAUAUUACAAUCAAAAGCCUGAAAUAUUUUAAGUUCUUCAUUAAUUUUAAUCUUAACUUUUUUACCCUGUCACUCCCAGAACUGAUUAACAUGUAACUUUCUUUUCUAACAUCCAUACGUUAUCCAGCCAACAGGUAAUGAGAAUGCUCAAAUUUAUCAGGUAGAAGUUGUUAUCUUGAUCCAACACUAAAUUCACUUGACCAAUUUACAAUAAAGGGGAGAAUUAACAAUCAGAUCUUGAUAGCUAAAGAUUUGUUGGAAUCGCAACCCUUGCGGCCACGGUUCCUUUCCUAAAGAAAUAUUCUACGAGGUGAAAACUGUCCAAAAUAUUUAGACUUAGCUGGUAGGCAUUUUAUUAUCUUUAUAUCCAUUCCCGUUCGAUAGGAGGCGUACUGCUGUUUUGAGUUGCUCAUUUAAUAAUUUUAUUUUUUCUCAUAUAAAAGCUUGUUUUAUUCGUGUAUUUAAGUUAAAAAGUUAUGGGAUGGAAAUAUACCGCUAAAAUUCAAGCGUAAUCGUGGCUGGCUUAGUCUUAAGAAUUUUCAGUGAUAAAUUUGACUGUAAAACCAUAGCUUUUGUCUUCAGACAAUCCUCUUGUACCACUUACUUUUAUCUCAUUCUUUUUCAGGAGUCGUUAAACCAACAUGAAGAUUCACAGCAGGUGGUGACUCGCACAGCGUUAUUUAAACACUAUCAGUUUUUUAACUCAGGCGUGGGUUAUGUGAAGGGCUGAAGACAAGACUUUGCCAUGUUUGGUAAUACUUUUAGAAAUUCGACUGUUGAAGUAACAGAUGUGGAUUCUCGCUUAUGUGAUGAACACUUUUCCGAAAAAUUCAAGAUAUAAGGAACUGGUUCUGAACAACUACACAUGAUUUAAAAAGUGUUUAUAAUAUUCGGGGAUGUAGCUUUUGUGGUGAAAAUAAAAUUCUGGGUAAAGGCCCCAGAAAGAGGUUGGUCUAAGGGUUGAAGAUAUCCAGGAUAAAAAUCGCAGAUUACAGCAGAGAUGAACUGAUCCAACUUCGUGUCCGUUGUAACUGUAAAGGUCUUGAAAGAAGUUAGGGACAUCUGCGGUUCGCGAAUACGGAACUCAAAUUUAGUUGUGUCUUUUUCCGUACAAAAUAUUAUAUUAUUUUUGGGUCUAACCUCAAUUAGUUGUCAUUGUCUUGCUUUAUAACUUAGGAACAUGUGGCCUCGUUAUGGCGCAUGUGAAAAGGACAUUUACACCGGUCCGUGGCCAAAUGCCUUGAGCUUGUGAGUUAGUUUAGUCGGUUCCAAUUUGAUUUUUUAUAUUUGCGUCCUAUUACAUAGAUCAAAUACUAUUCGAAUUUUUACUUGGAAAAAAAAACACACCAACACAAAAGAAUAAUACACAGAUAGCCGUUACAAUAUAACUCAUCGUGCGUAGCUGAAACACUUGACAUCGGCUAGGAAACUGAUUGUGACAUCCAUUACUUAACAAUUUGAUUGGGAGGUUGUUGUGGUUUGGUCAUGAAUCAAUCUUCCGCGCUUCAUUAUUCAUUCAAGAUUCAUUCAGUAUUCCACCUGUUUCCGACCUAAUGGUUGGGUCAGUCUUUGGUUUGAACUUAACAGUAUCAGUUAAUUGUAAGCAUAUAUCAUUGAACUGCCACGCACCAGACGUACCACGAUGAUUCUUCAUAAUUCUAGAAGCAAAACCCCGAUGCUAUCCCGAUAGGAGUUCCUAAAUUGUUUACCUCCAUCGAAGAGUCGUUAACACACAAAAAAAAUUGAAAUCUGGCUGACAUGUACGUUGAUAAAAGAUUGAGACUUUUUUUAUGACGUCAUGUACCAUAAGAGACAUGCCUCUUUUCAAAUAUAGUGGCGAUAUAUAUUAAUCGAUGACGAAGUCCAAAACCACCAAUUUCGAUUAAAAAAGACAUUUUCCAUUAAAUGACCGUCAUGACUUGACUGCACGUGAAAAGGACAGUGGCUGGUGACAGCAUGCAGUAAAGGAAGUGACCUCAUGGUUACCUGACUCGGCACAUGUAAUGACUUCCUUUUUAUGACAUUGUAAAACAAGGAGGCUGUGUCAUGUAAAACAGAGGACCGGACAUUUUAUCAAAUACACGCUCAUUGUAGCGCGAAGCCCGGAAACAAAUAUUCUUAAACAACGACACAAGGGCCGGCAUUGAGUGGGUCUCUAAGACAACAACCUUUUCAGUGUUUUAUGUUCAGAUUAAAGAUUUUCAAACAAUGCGGAACGUGGUUGAAUGGAAAGAAAUGGAAAAUUCGGCGAUACGUACGUACUAAAUAAAGCCGUUAGGUAAUUUUUAUCGAAAAAGAAAAGCAUUGAAAAUAGCAACCAGUCACGUAAGCAACUUUCUCAAGACGAAAAUGACGACUGUGAUAAGUGGCAAAUGAAGUCUGAUAAUGGAAACUGACGACAUAAGACAACAGCCGUGCAAUUCGUUGUUCAUGAAUUUCUGUUUCAAGUCGCACUCUAAAAAAAUUCAUUGAAUUCUUUCGGUCAUAGUUGCAUCCCCCAAAUCCAUUGAGUGAAUGAACCGUCCAAAUUAAAAAUUUUUGUAUUGAUUCUCUUGGAGAAAUUAUCAAUGUUUCGUCUGCAAUUAACAACCGGAUUGUAGCUUUGGGUUCCAUUUAAACUUCUGCUGUUCCUUUGAUGUUGCCCUGGGAGGGAAGGUGAAAGAGAAGUUACCUUCAAGGCAGGGGCUUCAAUGAAAGCUGGUUACCUUUAGUCUACUGUCGCUAAUAAGAUCUCUUACCGCCGUCUGAUUAGCCUCCGAGGCUGUCAGUCGUGUUUUGUUUUCGCCUUACGUUACCUUUUAUAUCAGCUAUUACAUCGUACCAUUGGCUGCCGCUAAUGGAAAAAGUUAUUGAAACUCUCACAGGGGUCAGUUGAAGUUGACUAUACCAGGAUUUCUGUGGUUUGAAGUUGUGGGAACAUUGACAAAUGUCUAGUGCAAGUAAAAUGGAGCGUGGGGUUUUUUUUGUUAAGUUUUGUCCGGUAUAUCUUUCAGUUAUCCAUUUGAUUGGUUGAUUUGUUUUUCAGUACUCUCUCACUUCCCCUGGGCGUUACUUUGAAUCAGGAGUACCGACCUGUCGGGCGCGGUUGAUCACAAUAAAAAAGAAAUCAGACCAUUUUCAGGGAAUAACUGCUUUCGUAAAUGCACGUUCUCACCGCUAUGGAAUCUUCAAACUCGUUAGAGAACUGCUAGAGGAAAGUAAUAUACGUACAGAGCUUAUCAUUAUGUUGAAUGAUUUUUACAGACGGCUGGUUUCGCAAGCAUGAGGAAAACUUGCGUGCCAAAAUGGCAAACCUUCGAUUUUCAGAAGGACUUGUCUUUACCCUGUGCUUGGGUAACAUGCAGCUCCGUUACUUAAAGCGUUUUUCCUACGAACAGCACUCAUUCAUUUCAGUUUCAGGCUACUCGAAACACUUCUGCUUCACACGCACUGAGUUGCGUAAUGAUGCUGAAGAGCAUAUACUUUUAAAUAUGCAAUGAUAAAGGAAUGAGAUUACUUCUAGUUCAAAUGCUGAUUCAAAAAAUGACAGAGGAGCCUGUGCCUGAAAUAUUGUCACUAACAUUUUUCAGAGAAGAACUUGGUAUCGCCCGAAUCCAUCUCACCUUUGAACAAGCAUCACUCACCUUCACUACUCAUUACAGACACAAACUCGAUUCUCUCAGGCACUGAGUUGUCAGAAAACUUUUCGCUGCCGUGUAAGGACGUCUUUUGAAGCUCCUUUGAUUCUUCCUUCAAAAUGGAAAAUUGUGAUGAACAGCAAUGGGCAGAAGGAAAGAGAAGAAGUGGUCAAUAACUGAAAAAACUAUUUGUCUGUUUACAGGGGUGCGGUCAUCCGUGACCUGCAAGGAAACUUCCAUCAUAAGUUUGAAUGAUCAUAAGAUCAGAAAAUAGAAAUCGCUUGACGAUCUCAUUGGAAGCUAGUCUUUUAUUAGCUUCCGCGAAUAGACGUUUAUAUAAGCUAAGUAUAAGGAGCCAUCAGUUUUCUUAGCAAUGAGUGCCCUGAUGCAACUGAAUUCGUGAAUAAUAUACAAGUUGCGAUUACGCGAGUUUCGAACACCUUCUUAGGAGAACUAAAUCGAGUUAUUUUAAAUUUCUCUCUGUCUGAAUUUAGCCUAAUUUGUAGAAUACAGCUCGGCAUUAUCUGCCAAUCAAUUUUGUUUAAUUUCCCGUGACAGUUGAAGAAGACGGGUGGCU